AUGCCGUCAUGUUUCAUCCAUUUGUUUAAUGAGUUUCUUUUUUCAUUUUUUCUCGCCUUUCAGUGUUUAUUACUCAUUAGUUUUCUUUUUUACUUCUUUCCCUAUUCACUUCUUCGUUACUUCUUUCCUUUUAUGUGUUUUCUUUUCUAUUUUACUAUAUUUUCUUUUUUUACUUCUUUAUUUGUAACCUUUUUUGCUUUCCGUUUUAUCUUUUCUUUCUUUCGGUUGUUCCUUGGUUCAUUCGUUCUUUCUUUCUAUUUAUAUAUUUCAUUUAGUUCCAUUUUGUAUUUUCUUUCCUUUUUCCCGAUCUUUCAAAAUUUCUAUUUUCUCUUCUUUCUACAUCUCUCGUUUUCUAUAAUUGAUUCUUUCUCCAUCCUUUUUCUCUUCUCUUUACAUCUCUCUCUCUCUCUCUCUCUCUCUCUCAUUCCCUUGUUCAUACUUUUAUACUUCUUUUUUUCCACACCUUAUCGCAUUUCUCCCUCCACCAUUAUCUGUUACCAUUUUACUUUAAUCUUUUUAGAGGACAAACAUCUCCUGUAUUCAUUGGUUCGCCUUUCGCUGUUUUUCACCGCUUCAUGUCCGAAGGCCAACAACAGCCGAUAUUUAAGCAUGUUGUUUCCGCCCAAACACAGCGUCAAUUCUUCACCCUUUCAGCUUUUCUCCUUGUGUGAAAAUGUAACGAAAAACAAAUCUCGUCAUACCUGUUUUUGA